GCCCAACGCCCCAACAGCGAUUCGUUAUGAUUGUGUCAUUUGAUAUUACUGUAUCUAUAGAAUUUAUAUUGUGCGUAAUAUUUUAUUUGCGCUCGGGCGCGGUGCCGCCAAUCGUAACCGGAAGGAGGAACCGUCGCCGUCGCGAAUACGGAAUAACGGACGUUUCUGAGGGAUGCUAGCGAUAACGGACCGUGAUAAGCGUUUAUGAUCGUAAUUGAAUUUGAAGGAAUUAUUCGUAAUGAAUUCAACCUCAGAAUUACUCACAAAAAACCUAAGACCGUUACCAAUUCGCAAUCCAUUUAGUCGAGUGAAAAAAAUGGGUGUAGACAUCGAUAGUGUAAUAAAUGAAAUUAAAUUCGAUCAAAAGUUAAUAAGCGUGUUUAACACUUACAACAAGUACGUCAAUUUUCGAUUUGACUAUGUCAUCAGAACAAGUAUCAAUCAGUUACCUGAUGAACUCAAUCAUAAUGUCGACGAUUCUGAAUUUAAUCCAAGUCAACAUAUUUUACUAGAUUGUGUUAAUAGUAACAAUAGUUUAGAUAAUGUUACAAAACUGCGAGAAGAAUUAAAAACUUUAACAGCAGAAGUAAAUUUAAAAAGAAAAGAAUUGAGUAUAAUUUCUAUUAAUGAGGAUGGUUUAAAAAUAAAUAUUAAACACUUAGAAGACAUUAUAUCAAUUAAGAAAAAUUUCAUUAGUGAAACUGCCAGCUAUGCAGAAAUUAGAUGUAAUGCAAAAGAAAAAGUUCAAAAAGAAUACAAUAGAAUAAACAAAAAAUAUAAAAAAAUUUUAAGUCAGUUAAACAAGUCAAAUAAAAUGUCAAAAACAAGUUAUGGUGAUGGAACUAGUAAAGAGAAUGAUUAUGGGGAGCAAACCAAUAAUAGGCUAUUACGAUAUGAAGACAAAAUUAAAAAAAUGGAUGAUAUUAUAAAAAUUGCCAGUGAUAGUACUGAGAAAUUACUACAAUAUCAAAUUGCUUUAAAAACUUCUAAUGAUCGCUUAAAAAUGUUUUAUGACCAAUUAAAUAACCAAAUAAAAAGUAAACAAGAAGUUUCAUUACUACUAAUACAACAUGAAAAGCGAAUUAAUCAAUUGAAAACUGAUUUAUCUAAUUUGGGUGUUUUAUCGAGUGUUGAAAAAAGUAGAGUCCAUACAUCAUCAAAUUUAAUUAGAAAUGAUAAUCUAAAAAAAGAAUUUUUGGAUUUACAAAAUAUGAGAAAUGAAAUUUUAAGUUCACGUCCUAGAGGAAUGUUCAAUCCCAAAUAUCAAAAGGAAAAUAAUUUAACAAAAGAAGAUAUUCGAAAAUAUUUAGAAAACGAUGAAGCAAUUGAUUCCAUAGAUUAUUUAAUUGAAUUAAAAAAUAAUAUGUGCAAUAAUGAUUCAAAUUUAUUACAUUUCAUUCAAAUGAAUUCAAAUGAAACAACAGUUUUCUGGAAGUGCCUGUCAACUUUAAGUAUAGAUGAACUAAAGAAGUUGUUGGUACAUUAUUUUAUCAAAGUUGUGGAUUUAAAAGAAUCUGGACGAGAAAAUGAUGAAAUCAUAUCUAAGCUUGAUUCAAUAAAUGAUAGACAAAGGCAUACUAUUGUGUCUUUAAAUAACGAUUAUCAAGAAUUUCAUUUAUCAAUCGAAAAGAAAUUCAUGGAAUUGAAAAAAUAUUAUCAAACAAAAGUUAAUAUGUUAUUCCAACUGGUUCAAGAAGAAAAUAAUGCUAUUACUAUGUUUAAAACAAGACAAGAAAUCUUGGGACUUAAAAAGAAAAUAAUUGAAUUGGAGAAGCUACAAACAGUAAAACCUAAGGACACUUCAGUGGUGCAAGAACCCCAUACCUGUUCAAAUCUUCUCGAAGCUUCAAAAUCAGAAUCUGAAACUAUGUCAUCUGCCAAAGUAAUUUACCAUAAAAACAAACUAAAGAUACAAAAAAAUAAAUCCAAAUUAAUUUAAUAUAAAUGUUUAAAUGAAAUAUAUAUAAUAUUAUAUAUUUGUAUUCCAACUGAUAUGUAUAGGUUGACUUGAGCUUCAGCUUGUAUUUAAAUAUCAAUCCCCUUUAUUACCAGUGCCUAAUAUGUGAAUAAAUUGUAUUUUAAUAUUUUCUUAUCACAAAACUGUUAAAUACAUCAUACAUCAUACAGGAUGUCCAAGGAUUCUAAAUGUCUUUAAGUGUGUGACAUAAUAAAUGAAUAUUGAUUAAUCAGAAUUUUAGAAAUGUUUAUUAUCACUUGUUAUAACCAGUUAUCAAAUAAAAUUUCAGAGUAAUUUAAAUUCUUACCUAAUUCAAAGGAACGAUAGUUUCAAAUCUGUUACAACAUGAGCAAGUAUUUCAAUUAUUUAGCUUUAGAAAUUCAAGAAUAUAUUUUCCACCCUAGUGCAUCCUAGGAAUAAUAAUAAAACAAAAACUGUUAUCGUCUAUCUUUGACAGUUCUGUUUAUUUUUGUUAAGUAUUUCAUUUGUAACUAUUAUAGGUUUUUCAUUUUUGCAUUGAUAAAAACCUUAUUCUAAUGAGUUUUGAAUUUAUUUUGAGUUUCUAAUGCUUAUAAAAUCAUAGUUAACCUCAUACCUAACAUUAUAAAUCAUAUCAAAAGAGUGAGUCAAAGUUGUUUAAAAUAUU